UGUCAACUGUCAAGAGGUGUGCAAACUGCAAAGUGUGUCCAUAAAUAUAAAUAAAAACGCAAUUAAAAACUUCAUUUGUGCGAGAAUAAUAUAUUUUGAUAUAUAUUUUAAUUGAUUUCCAGUUUAAACUUUCAACACUGUUCUGUUUUUGGGCAGUCCCUUGCAUGGAGUUGGGAUAUUUAUAUAAUUUUCAGUGAUUGUACCAUAGAUUACAAUACAUAUGGAUUCUAAAAUGUUCACAAGAAGGUCUCACAAUGGAAAUCAACGGCCCUCUUCUAUAUCGUUAAUGGCUCGAAGCGAUUAUGGUAACUUCUUUACCAAGUCGGGUACGGAAGAUGAAAAAUGUAAAGAAACAGAAACCACUAGUCCCGCCACGCAACCUGAUGAUGAUGUAGUGUCAAGAGAUAGUCUCUAUCAAGAGGGGAAAACAGCAAAUGAUUGUCAAAAUGGGAAUGAAAACCAGAACCAAAUAGAAAAGCAGUUAAAUAAUGCAUUACAGAAACCAGUGGAUAUGGGACCGGGACAUAGCAUGCUACAACGCAUGGGCUGGACAGGCGGUGGCCUCGGCAGAACUGGCGACGGUAUCGUCGAACCAAUAGCACCGAACGCAUCAUAUGUAAGUGGGCAGACUAGGAAUUACGGCACUGGUAACCUGAGCGGCUCCGCAAAACGUAGAUUUAGACAAAUGGUCCAAGCCAACAUCCCCCCGGAGAAAGCUAUACAUUUGUGUCGAAAAUCUUUGAGGGAGUUGCAGGAAGAAAUAAAGAAAAUCGAUCAAGAGAACACCGGGGAAAAUAGCUCCAGAGUACCGCAAUAUGGGCUUCAAAAUGGCCCGUAUAAUCCUAAUUCUUGGGAAAAUUGGGGCCUCCAAGAAUAUGGCCCCCAUCUCUCGUUACAGAUUCUGCAAAAUAUACAAAAUAGUUAUACAAAUCCACUUAAACCAGACACAAUAAAUAUCGCUGAUAGAUCUAUAUCUCAAAGGAGAGAGGAACCGGUCAAGCGUCCGAUACAAGUGGGCAUUUACAACUAUAGGAUGAUGAACGAAGUGCAAAGAAACACGCUGCAUCGCGCUUUGAAUCAGGCAAUUGUUAAGCUCGGCGCGAAGGGCGUUGGUCCAAGGUUUCUGAGCCUCGAUCACAAGCCGGGUUGGGUGCAAGUGGUCUGCGAAGACGAACUAAGUAGGGACUGGCUUUUUGACGAAGUGCCCAAGUUGCAGCCGUGGCCCGAUGCUAUACUCCACGUGCGCAAUGAGAAAGUCCUCGAAGAGUGCGUGGUUGUAUAUAUACCGCAGUACGAAGCACAAUCUAUAGACGAAGCUAUAAAACUACUGGCGGUACAAAACGAGGGUUUAAAUACGGAAUCGUGGCACGUAAUAAAAUCAAGGACUAUCGGAAAUGGUCUAGCAGUCGCAUUCUCUAUAGAUGCCAGAUCGCUUGAAACGUUGAAGAAAAACAAUCUCAAAGCUGUGCUUGGGUUUAAGACGAUUCAAUUCAAAGUCAGCGAUAAUGUCGAUCCGUUCUCGAUAUCGUUGGAAAGCUGUUUCGAUGUGGAUGGAGCGCAUGAAUCUUCAGGCGGUCAUAAUGUUGGGGCUAGUCGUUCUUUCGAACCAGAGAUGCAAAUGUAUGAAAGAAGGCCUGCAUUACGAGAACAAACCGAGCCCCAUAUGCCCUUAGAGCACGAUGAAAGUAGACCUUUUCGGGGUCCUGUUGCAUCCCUAGAACACGAAACUAGGCCAUAUUACCAGGAUUCACCCCUCGAUCGUGAUCGUCCUGAACCCUAUUCCACAGGUUUUUUCCAAGCCCCUGUGUACGAUGAAACAUAUUCUCGUGAUUAUUUUGAACCCCGACACUCGCUUGAACGUUACUCUCGUGGCUAUGAAAGCUCAGAGCGUUAUUACCCUGACGCCUUCCAUCGGGAUUCUUAUGAUAGUCCAGAUUGCGAUCGGAAUGACAUUUAUUCUAGAAGAUUCCAUGAAAUACCAGUAUGGGAUCAUAUACAGCCCUUUACAGAUUCUGAUAUAACCCGCGAAGGAUUUAGAGACCGAAGUCUAUCUCCUGGAAAUUAUUAUGAUAAUUAUGAUUAUAAUUACGGUCGACGGCCCUUUUCUCAUCCCAAUAGAAGCAUAUUUCGUAAAAAACAAAGCUUUCGAGGUCGAUCGAGGUCGUCUAGAAAUCAUUAUGAGGAUGCACCUCGUUCGGGAACAUUAAAGCGGCGCGAACAGCGCAAACGGACCGGGCUGUCUGGCCGGGGAUCGUUCAGAAACAAAAAAUAGUUAGGUUAUAGGAGUUCUAUAUUUUCGAUAAUGUGUGAUGAUUGAUUGUCUUUAUGUUUGUUGCGAGUAAAUCGCUAAAUGAAUAAAUGAUGAAAACUUA